UCAUCAUCAAAUUAACAUAUCCCUAAAGAUCGAUGAAGACCCUAUUACUCUUUCUUUCCCUUGCAAUAAUAAUAUUCCUUCCCUUGUCAACUUCCAAGAACCAAGCAUGGAUAGCUGUACGCGAUACUAAUGGUAAUCCCCUCAACAAAAUGAACAGGUACUGGAUAACUCCGGCCAACCACACUGAGAAUGGUGGAGGCGUACGUGCUGUUGUUUAUCUUGGUAGUAGUACUGAUCUACAACAACAAAAAACCACUAUUUGUCCUACAUCUGUAGUACUAUCUCACUCUCCUACAGAUGAUGGCUUCGCGGUUUAUUUUACACCUGAGAAUCCUAGAUAUGAAAAGAUUGCGGAGUUCACUCCCUUAAACAUCCAUUUCGCUCCUGUUUAUCCUCUGUGUCGGGAUCUAACUGUGUGGAAGGUUGACAACCUUCUACCAGAUCUGCCACCUGCAUAUCGACACACCAUAAGCACUGGUGCAAAGUUGGGAAAUCACAACGAUGUUAGCAGUUGGUUCCAAAUUAGGCGUAUGGCACUGGCAGAUAGUAGAAAGUACUCCUAUAAGCUAGUGUUCUGUCUCCAAGGCAUCACUACUUAUUGCCAAAACAUUGGCAUCGUCCCCCAAAAUGGAUAUCUUCGUUUGGUUCUCUCACAGCACCCAAUGCCCUUUCAGUUCAAACUGGAUAAUGUUAUAAAAAUUGGAAUGGCAGCAGAAGCAUGAUAAUCUAUCGUCAUGUUAUCCCUACAUCUACUCUAUGUAAUGUAUAAUAAUAAUAAUAAUAAUAAUAAUAAUAUAUCCAUGCAGGGAGACUUUGUCCCAUUGCAUGGAUGUACAACUUAAUAAUGAUAUAUGGGGUCUAUAUAUGUUAUGCCUAGAUCUGGUACUCUUAUGUCUUUGGGAAUAAAGAAAACAAAAUACUAUUAUUUUGAUA